AUGUAUUCCGGAGUUGGGGAAUAUGAACAAGGCGAAGAUGGCCAGUUUCAUAGAACCUCAGGCCGAAACUCUCACGCCAAAGGAUACUACAAUGAAGAUUCUGAUGAGCAAUCCAAUUCUUCUGACUUCCAAGGCUUCGAUUCAGACGAAGAUGACGAUUUUAACGUAGACGAAGUAAAAACUUCAAAGAAAAAAACUAAGCCAUCAAAACCCAAGUCCACAACCACUACAAAACAUGCUCCUAGAAAGAAUUUCGACAAGUCUUUUAUCGAUGAUGAAAGCAUUUAUGAAGAAAAAGCACCAAGAAAACGCAAAAAAGUAUCCAACGACUACUCCUCGGACUACGAUGAUGAAGUUUGGAGUGAUUAUUCGGAGUCUUCUGAAGAUGCUGGAUUAGCUUACUCCCGAGAACCAAGAAGGACCAAAUCUGUCACAUAUUUCGAAGAAGAGGAAGAAGAGAAAUCCGCAUCCGAAUCGGAAGACGAAGAAGAAAAGAAACAAGAAGAGCCAAAGGGCCCAAGAAUUGAAAGAAUUAUUGGUAUCCCUACUAAGCAGACAGAACCACCGACUUAUUUCAUCAAAAUGGCUAACGAAUCUUACAGGCACUGCAAAUGGCUAAACGAAGAAGAAAUUAUGGCUCUCGGUGGGAAGAACCUGUUGAAUAAAUACAAGAAGAAAGUACAGCAGGUCGGCCUGAAGCAAAUGGUCGAAUGCGAUUCUCAGGAUAUGCUAAUGCUUCCUGAAAAGGAAAUUUACAAUAUUGAUUUUUGCGAAAUCGAUAAAAUCAUUGCGCAGAACGAAGAAGGAAAAUAUUUAGUCCUCUGGAAAGGUCUGAACUAUAAUGACUGUACAUGGGAAGACGAGAUUCAAGAUAACGAAGCAAUCGCUGACUUUGAACGCAGAAAUGAUAUCUCACAAUACAAAGAGCCGCGUAUAGCUCUCAUACAGCGUCCGGAAUUGUUCCAACUUUUCGGUGAAAAUUACCCAUUACCUCCAUUCCCAACCAGAAGAGAAUUACGUGACUAUCAGAUCGACGGUAUCAACUGGCUACGUCGCAACUGGUACAACCAUCGUAAUUGCAUCCUUGCCGAUGAAAUGGGUCUUGGUAAAACAGUUCAAGGCGUUAAUAUCAUUUACGAUCUUUACAGAAUUGGAGAUCCAGGACCAUUCUUGGUCAUUGCUCCUCUUUCCACUCUCGAUCAGUGGGUUCGUGAGUUCAAAAACUGGACUCCACUCAAUGUUGUCAAAUUUACAGGUCCAGGUAAAGAAAUUAUCGCCAAGUACGAGCUUACAUAUCCUAAUACAGAUGUUCCGAAGUUCAACGUCAUUCUUACUAAUCCAGAUGUCUUAAUUAAGUUUGAUGAAAUCUUUAUGAACUUCUGCUGGCACUACGUCAUCGUCGAUGAAGCCCACGAAUUAAGGAACGAUGAAACAAAGCGCUACAAAUUCAUGGAAAGCAUGAAUAUUCAGAAUCUUCUCUUAAUGACAGGUACUCCCAUUCAAAACAACCUCAAAGAGCUCUGGUCCCUCCUCCAUCUUAUCGACAGAGCCAAAUUUGACUCAGUUGAGUCGUUUAUGCAGUUAUACGAUACAGAAAAAGAUCCUCAGAACGCAACCAAGCGUUUGCAAGAAGAUCUGAAGCCAUACAUGCUCCGUCGUAAGAAAGAAGAUGUCGAAAAGUCAAUUGGAAAGAAAGAAGAGACAAUUGUCAACGUCGAAUUAACUCGCGCUCAAAAGAUGUUAUACAGAUCACUUAUCGAACAAAAAAUACCAGAACUCGCUGCUUCUGAUUCAUCUCACAGAAGAGCUUUACCAGAAUUACCUAAUCUUGCCAUGCAAUUACGUAAAGUUUGCUGCCAUCCGUAUCUGAUCCAAGACUACGAAAAAAUUAUCGGCGAUGUCUUACAAGGAAUGUCCGAAUUCGACCAACUUGUGAAAUGUUCUGGAAAGAUGGUUUUCGUAGACAAACUGCUUGGUAAAUUACAUCCGCUUGGAAAGAAGAUAUUAAUCUUCUCCCAAUUCAAACAUGUCCUCGAUAUCAUUUCCCAAUUCCUUGAUAUGAGGAAUUACAAGUACGAAAGAAUCGAUGGUGGCAGCCAUGGUAACGACAGACAGAAGAAGAUGGAUAGAUUCAACGAUCCGACCCAAGAUAUCUUUGUAUUCCUUCUUUCUACGAGAGCUGGUGGCUUAGGCCUCAACCUUACAGCAGCUGAUACAGUCAUCAUCUUCGACUCCGACUGGAAUCCGCAGAACGAUGUACAAGCCCAGGCCAGAUGCCACAGAAUUGGCCAAACCGCCGAAAAAGUUGUAGUUUACAGACUGAUUACUCGUGGUACGUAUGAAAGCGAGAUGUUUGACAGGGCCAGUAAGAAGCUUGGCCUCGACCAAGCAGUUCUCGAUCAUCAUGCCAACAACGAAAGUGAAUCUAAGAUGGACAAAGAGGAACUGGAAAACCUGAUUAAGCGUGGCGCUUAUUACCAGCUCACAGAUAUGAACUACGAAGAAGGUGAUAACUUCACAAGCCAAUCCAUUGAUGAAAUCCUUGAUUCUCGUACCAGAAUCUUUUCAUCCAGCUCUGCAGACUCCAAUUCCUCAUUCUCUACUACUAAUUUCACUGCAUCUGAGAAAGAUGCGAAAAUUGACUUCCAAGACCCCAACUUCUGGAAGAACCUCAACCCGUCAGGUAUCGUUGAGCCUCAGACCUACAACGCCGAGUACCUUGGCAAGCGAAACAGGUCCAGCAUCAAGAGAUACAAAGAUGAUGACGGAGACGAUGAAGAUGAUGUCACUGAUUGGUCGGUCAACAAAGUACAGAAAUGUCUGACAGCGCUGAGAACAUACGGUUUCAACCACUGGGGACCCAUCUGUUCCUCCACAAACCUCGACAAGAACACAGCGAUCGAUGGCUGCUCAAUUCUCAUGUCCAAGAUCUUCCAAAGCCGUGAUAAAGAGCUGCAAAAGAUCGCUGGCCCUGAUUUCAAAUUGAACGAUAACCAGCGUAGAUUGGCCAGUUCGAACAAGACAUUCAACCACAAAGACAUCAAAGCGAAACUUCAGCAGUCUGACAAGAUAAUCCACGCUCUCCAACAGUUGGCAACCAUCAAACUGUUCAUUGAAGGAUACACGUCCAUUUCCGGAUGCAAGGAUUCGAAUGACUGGGAUUCAUCACGCGACAAAAACCUGUUGAACGCUGUCUGGUCGAAUGGUGUUGGUAAGUGGGAUGUUGUGUUGAAAGAUGAGAAAUUCUUCCCAGCAGGAUUUCUAACAGACGAAAACAAGAAGGCCGCAAUCAAGCGCUACAAGAAACUCAUUGAUUAUUUGGACGAUGACAAAACAGCUUCUUCCAGGAGUAGAAACACAGAACAUUCACAUGUGGAAAGAGCUCCUCCGAAACCUAAAGUAGAUCCGAAACUAGAGAAACUGUUCAAGUUCCUGCAGAAGAUGGGAAUGCCAAACGAAAACAAGAUUCCUAAGAUCAAGGAAAUCACAGGAAUCGAGGAUAUCGAUGGCACAAUAAAGAGGUUCUUCAAAGCCGCGAUAAGAGUCACAGAAGGAAAAGAACUCAAAACGGAAGACAAAGAGUUUGAACCUCUUUUAUCAAAAUCUGCUGCAGAACAAUUGAACUCAAACAGGAAGUGGAUGAAAGAGUUCAAACACUUCUUCAGACACGAGUUCAUCAAUCACUUGGAAAUCCUCAAAUUGGUGCCAACAAACCAAUUGAAUCUUCCUCCAUUUUGGAACCCUGAAAUCCAUGAAUAUCCUCUUCUGAAAAUGAUUUAUUUCAGCGGUUUCUAUCAUUUGAAUGGAUUGACAAAGAAAGAUCCAUUCUCUAAACUUCCUCAGGAUGAUAUGAAUUUAUUGGUCCAUUUCCUCAAAAGUGACAUAGAAGUGAAGAAACACGUUGAAUACAUUAUCGGAGUUUACAAGAAAAAUAAGUCAAGUUCACAACCGAUAAUUUUAGAAAAAAGUGACAGAGAAUUAAACCUUCCUAUCACUAAAGGCGAUACAACGAUAGAGAGUUUGGGAACAGGUAAGUUCUUCCUUUCCAAGGGUGUUUUGUGCAGAGAAGGCUUCUCUGCUUUCGUCAGAUUGAAUAAUGAAAAACACCACUGCCAGAUACUGCCGGGAAAGAAGUUCAGCGUCAAUGGAAAGGUCGCUGAUAACGUGCUGGAUGCUUUCAAGGCUGCUAAUGUACAAGGAGGAGAGCUGGAGAAAUUUGGUGUCAAGAAACCAUUUGUAAUGUAUUGGAAUCAAAAGAACCUUCAGUCAGAAGGUCAUAAGAUUGACGGCUAUGAAAGAAAGACUUUCAAGUUUGAAUAA